AUGGCUACUCCCAUUCGUUUGGGGGCCGAAAAAUCUGUCAUUCCUCCUUCAGAAGACAAUGUAACCGUCGCGGAGAGCUCAAAAGUGGGGGCAGAGCAACCAGGCACUAAGAUGGGCGAAAACGAUGCAACGAAAAACAAAAAAAAGUUGACUUACAGAGAUCAGAUUCGUGUGGCAAUCCAAGUCCGCAGGAUAUACUCGGACCGUAUGGUCUAUGUCGAAACCAAAGUCGACAUCAAAGGGAAACUACUCCUCGAAGAAUUGAAGAGAAUACACGGAGACACACGUGGAGUCUUCCUUGGAGAUACCUCAAGUACGGUUUUCCCAGAGCUAUUGUACUGGUCACGCAUCGAGCUUAUCGAGCGGAGAGAAGCACUACACACCGAUGAGACCAACGAAACACGGCUGGAAAGCAUCGCAGAGCUAGAUGUCGCCCUUCAGUUCAUCGAUGAGGAGUACGGAGAUCUGAUUCUCAACGUUACACAACUUCUCAAGGAGAAGAAGAUGAUGUUUCACAACUUAUGGACAAUACUUGCACCCAAUACAUUGAUCUACCACAAAGACGCCUUGGGAAAUGAUCGAAUCUCCCGGCUCGAAAGCUCAAGGAUGGCUCAGGGCGAGGGUGGAUCUCGCUUCCAGGAGAUAUCAGCUAAUCAUAUGGAUUCAGAUGGCGUGAGGCUUGGGAUCGUGAAAGAAAGACUGCAGAUCCCUCAAUUCGAGGGUGCUCUACCCAUCUACGAGCUUCCAGUGUAUCCAGUAGAAUUCCAUGCUGAUCGGAAAACUCUUCACGCUGAGUUGCUGAAGCGAGGGGAGAUCCAACUCUGCUUCCACGGCACCGGUCACCAGUUGAGGGAGCACACGGGAUUUGGACUGCGGAUGGGAAGGGAUUCAAUUGUGAAGUUCAAAACUCACGGUCGUUUGAUUAUCGACGCCGCUACAUAUGACGAGAUGGAACCAGAAGCAACGAUGGUUCCAGACGUUAAGGAAGCCAUGCAAUCUGAGCCUUCCGAAAAGUUUCAAAAGUUAGCCUUCGGUUAUGUCAUGUCCAAGAACAGAAAGGAAAAAGACCACACCAAUGGCGAGCCGUCUCUGUCCAGCGCUCUACACAUUCCUCCUCCGGCUGGAUCUAGAUCACAUUCCAGAGUCGGGAGGUCGUCUCGCAGGAUUCACGAAUCUGAUUACGUCAACGACGAGUCCUCUGAUGACGAGCAUGUGUCUCAAGGUCGGACUUUCUACCAGAAACAUGAGAUGUCGGACAUACUGAAAGUCAUGCUUUCGGGGAAAUUAUACGGGUUUAGUCUUGGCGAUUCUACAUGGGGCACUUUCUCUGUCUCUCGAGUCCAGAAGCCUUGUUGGGACCCACACGUCUGGGCAUCACUUGUUAUGAAACCGCGCCAGAAGGAGCUACUGGAAAGGCUUAUCAAGUCUCAUGGAAAUGACGAGUCUGGUUUCGACGACAUCAUCAAGGGCAAAGGCAAGGGCUUGGUCGGACUUCUACUGGGUCCACCUGGUGUGGGUAAGACAUUGACUGCAGAAGCGGUGGCGGAGAUCUCGAAGUUACCACUAUUCGUCAUGUCUUGUGGUGCGCUUGGAAGUGUUGCCAGUGAGAUUAAUCGCGCCUUGAGGAAGUUUCUUGAGCUCGCCACAAGAUGGGGUGCAGUACUUCUACUGGACGAGGCUGAUGUCUAUCUUGCGAAGCGGAAUGAGAACGACCUGGAAAGAAACGCCAUCAUCUCGGUAUUUCUACGAGAGCUUGAGUACUAUACUGGUAUCAUGAUUCUGACCACCAACCGUGCUCGGCAUAUUGAUUCUGCCUUUCAAAGCCGAAUUCAAUUCUGUCAUCACUACCAUCGCCAUGAUUCUACCUCCCGAAAGAAGAUCUGGAGGACCUUCGUCGACAGCUCGCGCAAAAACAGGAAAGUCAAGGUCGAUAUCGACGAACAAGGAUUCAACAAACUGGCGGCGUUAAGGUUGAACGGCCGCGAGAUCAAGAAUGCAAUGAGUCUAGCAGUAUCGCUAGCUGUUAGCGACCCCAAAAACAACUGUUUGCGAGCUGAAGAGAUCAUCGACAUCUCAACACUUCUUCAGAACUUCGAUUUCGUUGAUGAAGAUGAACAGGAAAACAAGGAUGAUGAGGAAGACAAUCAAGACCAGGAUUACAAAGAAGCCAAAGGACACAAGGCAAAUGAAGAAGACAGGGAAGACAGGGAGAACGAGACCCCCGAAUGCCAGCCUUGUCCAGUCCUCCAGGUUGAUCCAGCACCGCCCGGGAUCGUGUGCAAGGUUCCAGACAAAGGCAAGACGCGCAAAACGGGGAUUCGUAAACUCGAGAGACGCGAUCGCUCCACGGGAUCUUCCAUCGCGGGUGCUACGAAUAGUAUCUAA